GUGGAAACACAUAACAGAGUUGAACUUGACGGGAAUAUGGAUGACUUGUUUACAUCGCAUUAAUAUUUUUAACGACAACAGCUAGUAAUUUACUAAAAGUAGCUAGAAAUAUGGCACAUGAAGACAUAUCCAGACAACUAAAAACCGAGGAUAAGAAUGUCACUGAUUUGCAGAAAGAAGCGUCUCUCUCAAGUCUUCCAGUAGAAACACUUGAACAGAUUUUUAUGUUCCUUUCCAAAGAGGAUCUUCUACAGGCCAUGUCUGUGUGCACAAGCUGGAAGUCUGUAAUCGUGAGCAGUCCCAAUCUUUGGAAAAAACAAACAUUUGUUUUGGACUGUACUCUCCGAACAACUAAGAAAAUAAAGACCGACCUGUUAUUUUGUUUUCAAAAUUUCGGGCCACAUUGUCAAACGCUGUCAGUUAAGUGCCGACAUCCAUGCUUGCAUGAUUGCCAGAAAAUGGCCAAUCGGUUCAAUUUGUUUCUCACAUUUUUGGUGAUGCCCAGGGUGACUUCGUUUAAAGUUUCCAAUCUUCGAAUGGAAUGCGCCAAAGGGCUAGUCAUGAAAAGUAUUGCCAAUAAAUUGACGAAAAUGUUUGCCAGACACCCUCCUUUGAACGCCUUUGAGAUGUCUUCAGCUCACUGGACUAUUCCUGAGGGUCAGAAAGUCUUGGAUGCCGUGUUCAAAAAGUCCAGAAACACUCUAGAAACACUUAGAAUGGAAGAAUAUUUUGUCUACCCCAGCAGGCGACAAAAGGAUUUAGAUUGGCUGUCCACCGGUCUGACGUCAUUGACAAAACUAACUAAACUGUGCAUCAAUUUCUUUUAUUUAACCGACGAAAUAAUUGUCUCCCUUGCGAGUUCCAGGCGAGGAGAGCUGACGUGUCUGUCUCUGUUAUUAAAAGCUGUCAGUCCCCAGAUCUCUCGCAUACAACAAGCAAGCUGGAUAUAUUUGGCGGAAGCAUGUCCCGAUGUGGAAGUCGAGUUCAAUAUCAUGGGCAAUGUUUACAAACCAUCUGUUUCUCUUCCAGCUUUAUUGGAUCCCGUUUUGCCUGUAUGCCGCCUAAAGAUGAUAAUAUCAAAGAUACUUUUUUAUUCAACCCGAAGGCAUGGCUAUAAGAUGGCAAUUGUGUUUGAUCACAUAAGAGAUCAUUACGGCCAAAGCAUCAGAAGUUUUAAACUAAGUUUACCAGAGCAUAAAGAAAACUUUGACCAGUCUUUGAUCAAAUUAGUGCAAAGCUGCCCACGUCUUGUCCAUGUUAAGGUUUCAGCUUCCUUCCAUUCGCAAAAAACAGCAAAGAGAAUUGAACAGAUAGUUGCAGAAAGACUUGAACUUGCUCCCACCAGCAAUGGUCGAUAUAAUAAAAAGGUCUGCACUGACAGUAAUGGUGUGGGCAAAGCAUCUCAACUUGAGGACACCAUGGAAGGGCCGUCUGGCUUUCAAGGAGCGUCUCAACAAUAGACAUAAAUCGUGGCUUCAAUUUUUGUCACAUCGUAAAACAAGUGUGCCGAUGUGGCAGUGUGUGCCUAAAGAAACAGACACAAUAAUUGGCGUUUGAUAAAAUUCAUUUACGGAAUCUGUAAAUACAUUACCGACGGACUAUAUGAUAAAAAGAAAAGAAACUAUC